GUAUGUCGCUUUGUAUCGGCGUGUAUUUUGGUUUGCGGAUGCUUAUGAGACUUGCGCUGCUCUCACUGUAAACACACGCAGCCCGGACACUUUUAUUUCUCUCGGUGCGGCAGCAGACAGUGAACCUCCCGCCGGUAAAGACAUGGCCCUGUGCUCCGAGCCUGCUGGUGUCAGCUCCGCGGUGAACGGAGAGCCGCAGAGGGAGAGGAGAGUGGCCGUUAUCACCGGCAUCACCGGACAGGAUGGUUCCUACCUGGCUGAGUUCCUGCUCGCUAAAGGCUACGAGGUUCACGGUAUUUUGCGUCGUUCCAGCUCCUUCAACACGGGGCGCAUUGAACAUCUUUACCAGAACCCACAGACGCACACUGAAGGCAACAUGAAGCUGCAUUACGGCGAUCUGACUGACAGCACGUGUCUGGUGAAGAUCAUCAACCAGGUGAAGCCAACAGAGAUCUACAACCUGGGCGCUCAGAGCCACGUCAAGAUCUCCUUCGAGUUGGCGGAGUACACCGCUAACGUGGACGGUGUCGGUACGCUUCGUCUCCUGGACGCCAUAAAGACGUGUGGUCUGACCAACAGCGUCAAGUUCUACCAGGCCUCCACCAGCGAGCUGUACGGCAAAGUUCAGGAGAUCCCUCAGAAGGAAACCACGCCCUUCUACCCUCGCUCACCUUACGGUGCCGCCAAGCUCUACGCCUACUGGAUCGUGGUGAACUUUCGAGAGGCCUACAACAUGUUUUCUGUCAACGGGAUCCUCUUUAACCACGAGAGCCCGAGGAGAGGUUCAAACUUUGUGACGCGUAAGAUCAGCCGUUCUGUGGCAAAAAUUCACCUCGGCCAACUGGAGAGCUUCAGCCUGGGCAACCUGGACUCCAAGAGGGACUGGGGCCACGCCAAAGACUACGUGGAGGCCAUGUGGCUGAUGCUGCAGCAGCAGGAGCCGGAGGAUUUCGUCAUCGCAACGGGGGAGGUGCACAGUGUGAGGGAGUUUGUGGAGAAGGCCUUCAUACAUGUGGGAAAGACUAUUGUGUGGGAGGGAAAGGAUGAGAAGGAGGUGGGCCGCUGUCAGGAGACAGGAGUGGUACAUGUGAAGGUGGACCCAAAAUACUUCCGUCCUACUGAAGUGGACUACCUACAAGGUGACAGCACCAAAGCGUAUCAGAAGUUGGGUUGGAAGCCAAAGGUGACUUUUGAGGAGCUGGUGAAGGAGAUGGUGGACGCGGACAUCCAGCUAAUGAAGAAAAACCCAAACGCCUAAGUCCGGAUCAGUCCAGAUCAGCAGUCCGAAAAGCUUUCAGCACUCCUGUUCUCCCAGCAGUGGAAGGAACAUGUUUUUUGUUGUUGUUUUUAUUUUAUUUUUUACCUUUUAUCACUUUUCCAAAUGAAGUAAUCCUGUCCUUUCUUCCCUGUGAAGGAGCUUUAACCUUUCCUUGCCUUUGUGUCCUGUGUGUCUAUUUUUAGCAUCAUGUCAUUUUGAUUUGUUUUGUUAUCACAUAGCAGAGAUGCCUUUUAUAUUUCCACACUGAUCAUGUCAUAAUUUAUAGAGAUGGCACGUUUUAAGGGUUUAUUUAUGUCUUUGUUUCUUUUGAUUGUGAUUGAAUGGAUUGAUAUGUCAAAUUAGUUUGUUUUUUUCCUGUCAAAUUAUGAAAUUACUGAAUAUAUAAAUGAAUAGAAGAAGGAAUAAUUUAUGUUUUGUUGGAAAGUAUGAAUUAAUGGGGUUAUUAAUGUAACAUAAAUGAACCGUUUAGUACAAUAAAGAAUGAACUUUUUA